GUCGCCGGCUCUCCCCCUCAGGAAGGUCACGCGUCGGAGCAGGAGCCGCCGCCGCCGAAGGCGGAGAGCGAAGACUCCGUCUUUCUCAUCAGGGCGCAGGGCUUCCCCUUCUCGUGCACCGAGGAAGACGUGCUGACCUUUUUCGACAGCUGUAGAAUUCGAAACGGUGAGAACGGCAUACACUUCCUCUUAAACAGGGAUGGGAGACGCAGGGGAGAUGCCUUGAUUGAGCUGGAGUCAAAAGCAGAUGUCCAGAGAGCCUUGGAAAAGCACUUGAGAUACAUGGGCCCACGCUACGUGAAAGUUUUUGAAGUACACGAUAGAGAUGUAGAAGGCUUGUUGCAGAGUCUGCGGGAUGAGUCACAAGCCAUUAACGAUGGAGUUGUACUACUCAGAGGCCUUCCGUUCAGCUCCACUGAAGAUGAUAUUUCAGAUUUCUUCGCAGGUUUGAGCAUAACUGACAUAGCUUUCGUUAACCGGGGAGACAGAAGAACAGGAGAAGCUUACGUGCAGUUUGCAGCUCCAGAAAUGGCAGCUAAAGCCCUCUUAAGGCACAGAGAAUACAUUGGGAAUAGGUACAUAGAAGUCUAUAUAAGUAGAAAGCAUCAAAUGCAAAGGCACGUGAUAAAUCACAAGCAGAUGUUGACUUACCCAAGAGUGGGUAAAGAACAUGAAUCGGUUUUUGAAGAAAGAGGAUUGAGUGGCGCAGGAGGCUCCAGGGCCAGAAGCGAGAACAAACCGUAUAGCGAAGUAACAGAAAGGUCCGGGCCAGUUUCAGAACCUGGGAAUACCUCAUUGUCGCAGCAUUUUGUCCACGUGAGGGGUUUUCCUACCCAAGCUAGCGCCCAAGACAUAAUAAAUUUUUUUGCUCCCUUGAAGCCCACAAGGGUCAUGGUAGAAUACAACUCCCAUGGAGAAGCCACAGGAGAAGCGGACGUACAGUUUGAGAGCCACGAGGAGGCAGUUGCUGCAAUGGCCAAGGAGGGGUCACCCAUGCAGUGCAGCUCCAUUGAAUUGUUCCUGAAAGCACAGCCAAAGGUCAAACAAGAUUGCUAGUGACAGUGGAACGAUACUAGAUUUGGCCAAAGCGAACACAUUCCGUGGUUAUCAUCAUAAAGUUGAAGUACAGGUGUCGCUGCUCAGUGGCAAGGAUAAACUGUAUAAAAUAAUUUAGUUUGGCUUUAUGUAAAAGCAUGUAAUAAAUUGCCUUGACAUA